AUGGACAGAGCUCAAUUAAGAAAAAAAUUUGUAGAACGAACCACUCUCUUAAAUUUCAGUCUAUUGAUGUUCAAUUCCUUUGAUUUUUUUUUAGACUGUACUGUAAUUAAAACUCUCAGUAAUGUAGACAACCUCAAAACUAUUACUGUAGAUAGAGGUGAUUACAUCCAAGUCAGACUCAAUCAAAUCCAAGGAGAGGUUAAAUACGCUCCACUAUCAUCCGAUGGAUUAAGAGUAAUUUCACGUCUCUCAAACGAUUAUUUAGAAGAAGCAACAUUCCGCCCCGUAAUUAUUGGUAGAAUCAUUCGAUACGUCCCUCAAGUGGCCGACAACAAUGCAAGUGACAUUAUUCAAAAUUGGUUUAAUCAUCUACCCAUCCAUACCGACGAGGAUGAGACUGUCUUUGUCAUUGAUAACCUCGAUGCCAUCGUCCGUCUCUAUACCAACCGAACCCUGGGUAAUGAUUAUCAACAUGUUGCUAAGGUACACAAUAUCAUCAAUCAAUUUAUCAAUACCUGUCCACAAGUACGACCACAAGAAAAAGAACAGCUCUAUCAAACAUGGUUAUUUAUCAAAGAUUCAUUCAAAGAGAAUUGGGAUAAUAUUCCAAAAGAUACAAGUGUUGAAUUAUUAAAUUUAAUCAUUAUUCAAAGAUAA